AGGAAAAGAUGGGGGCGGGAAGGUCCUUCCUCUGAACCUCUACACGCACGCGCUAAUAGAAACCAGAACUGGGCUCGGUGUCCGUGCAGGAAGCAUGAACGAGUCGGGGGGGCUGCGCCUCCGGAGGCUGCAGAGACCGCAGGUCAUCACCGACGAGCUUCCGGAGCGGCGCCUCAAAAGCUCCGGCACCUACAGCGGGCGGGUCUUCCAGGUGACCCUGCUGUCUCUGGGUGGCUUCUUUCUUCUUCCUCUGCUAGUUGUCGUCUUCAUCCUGGAGUCUCCCAUCAACCCUGAAGCUUUCAGCCUUAGAGAACCACCGCUUAUGAAGGGUUGUUGGGAGCCCAAUUUGAAGCUCAGAGAGUCCCAGAGGCUUUUUGAGGACCAGAUCCUCGGACCAGAGUCCAUCACCAACAUCGGGGACGUCCUCUACACUGGAACAGCUGACGGGCAGAUACUAAAGCUGAUUGGUCGAAGGAUCCUCACCGUCACACGGCUCGGAAAACCUCCAUGUGGCUCCAAAGAGGAUGAACCCGUCUGUGGAAGACCUUUGGGGAUCAGAGUGGGACCAAAUGGGACUCUGUUUGUGGCUGACGCCUAUCUGGGCCUGUUUGAGGUCAACCCCAGCACAGGAGAAAAGACCCGCUUGGUGGCCGGCGGUGAGGUGGUCGGCGGCAGAAAGCUGUCGUUCAUCAACGACGUGACGGUGACGCGUGACGGGAAAAAGUUGUACUUCACAGACUCCAGCAGCAGGUGGCAGCGCAGAAACUACAUGCAGCUCAUCAUGGAGGCCACCGCUGACGGCCGAGUUCUGGAGUUUGACACCGAAACCAAAGAGCUGACCGUCAUCAUGGACAACCUCCGCUUCCCAAACGGCAUCCACCUGCUUCCAGAUGAGGAGUCAGUUCUGGUGGCAGAGACCACCAUGGCCCGGAUCCGAAGGGUGCACGUGGCUGGUCUGAACAAAGGCGGCAUGGACACCUUUGUGGAGAACCUGCCCGGUUUCCCCGACAACAUCCGACCCAGCUCUUCCGGGGGGUACUGGGUGGCCAUGUCUGCCGUCAGAGCCAAUCCUGGCUUCUCCUUGCUGGACUUCCUCUCCCAGCGACCCUGGAUCAAGAAGCUCAUCUUCAAGCUUUUCAGCCCGGACGUUCUGGUGAAGUUUGUUCCUCGCUACAGUUUGGUGGCGGAGCUCCAUGAUGGGGGCAUCUGCACGCGGAGCUUCCAUGACCCCAAUGGCCUGGUGGUGGCGUACGUCAGCGAGGUCCACGAGCACGCCGGCAGUCUGUACCUGGGCUCUUUCCGCUCCCCAUACAUCGCCAAGCUCGACUUGGAAGCCGUGUGAGACGUCGGAAAACGAAUGGAGCCCAGACUCUGCUUUCACUAACAAACGCAAUCUAUAAAGGGAUUCCUUUGAAAAAGUUCAUCACUGUUCAUGGGCCGGUUUGGUCUCCGUGGUAACCAUGUUGACUGCAACAUUUUUAUUUAAAUGAUUUUGUUGUUUGCUUUUUAAGUCCAAGUUCUUGGCGAAGCCGUUCUGCCCUCUACUGUUCAGCUUUGGGAACCCCUCACUGUUACAGCAGUGCUCGUCACUUGAAGAUGGUCAGCAGGUCUUUGACCUUUGAGCUGCAUGAAAUGACUGACUGGCUGAAACUGUGACGAAUUUUAAUAAAGGUGUGAAAGCAGAAAUGAUGAAA